CAACAUCUACCAGAGAGCGUGACUGACUGUAGACGACCGAGUCCAUCCUAACGCGCGGUUUAUUCUUGCUUUUUACCGGUGUACGGGCGUUUCUUUAAUCUAACCUCGUCAGCAGACAAUGAUUAAACACUAUUAUUCACUUUGUUUAGAGAAAACCCCAUCGAACCGGCUGUUUCCCUACGUAUACCUUGCACUUCCGGGUUUUCGGGCAAGCGUCAGUUCUGAGGAUCAGCUGUAAUGAUUGAAUGAGCAAACGGAGAGGAGAGAGCGACUCCUGAACGCUGUGCUGCCGAUAAUCGUUGCUGGACACCAAGUGCAUAAUAAAAGACAGCGUGGUAAGAGGACUCGUGGAAUAAAGCUGCUUGUUUAUGCAGCUGGCAGGAGUGCGUUGGCACUCAUCAGAUAUGUUAUUAUAAGCUAGUGUUUUAGGUACAUAAGUAUGAAGAUAAUGUGUCAAUGGUGACUCAUCCUACUGCUCUGAUAACCGAUUCCUUCUAAUGCAGUUGAGUUGUUUCGGAUCUCCUAACACUUGAUGUCCGCUGAGCUUGCAUGUACCUCGGAGUCUCGAACUGGACUGUUUUAUAUUAAGAGAUUAUCGCGCUUUUCUAUAAUUUGUGCAUCUGUCAAUCUUUGUUGGAUCUUGGAAACGACACGUACUCGAGAGUCUGGUUGUUUUUCAUGAUUUAAUGAAAGUGUUGCUGGUUGGACUAUGAAGAAGUUCUUCGAUACCCGACGGGAGAUGGUGAGCUCGGGCCCCGCGUCAGGAGCCGGCGCGGGGGGCAGCGCGGGGUCCGGCGCGUUCAUCGGACGCGUUUUCUCUAUUGGACGAUAUCAAGUGACCGUGGAGGAGACUGUAGCAGAGGGUGGUUUUGCUAUCGUAUUUCUGGUGAGGACUCAUCAGGGCGUCCGUUGUGCGCUGAAGAGAAUGUAUGUGAACAAUGAAUAUGACCUUCAAGUAUGCAACAGGGAGAUUCAGAUUAUGAGGGACCUUGUGGGUAACAAAAACAUUGUUGGUUUCCUGGACUCCAACAUCACAGCGGUGGGAUCGGGAGAUGUUUGGGAAGUUCUCAUACUGAUGGACUUCUGUAGAGGUGGGCAGGUGGUGAACCUGAUGAACCAGCGCUUACAGACUGGAUUCAGUGAGCCAGAGGUGCUGCAGAUCUUCUGUGACACAUGUGAAGCUGUCACUCGAAUACAUCAGUGCAAAACUCCCAUCAUCCACCGGGACCUCAAAGUGGAGAACAUCUUGCUGCAUGACAGAGGUCAUUAUGUGUUGUGUGAUUUUGGCAGUGCCAUUAACCGCCCCCAGAAUCCACAAACAGAAGGUGUAGCGGCUGUAGAAGAAGAAAUCAAGAAGUACACUACUCUUUCAUACCGGGCCCCAGAAAUGGUGAAUCUUUAUGGGGGCAAAGUUAUCACUACUAAAGCAGAUAUAUGGGCUUUGGGCUGCUUGUUGUAUAAGCUGUGUUAUUUCACGUUGCCGUUUGGAGAGAGUCAGGUGGCCAUCUGUGAUGGCAGCUUCACCAUUCCAGACAACUCCCGCUACUCGCACGACAUGCACUGUCUCAUCCGUUACAUGCUGGAGCCAGACCCUGAUGUCAGGCCAGAUAUCUACCAGGUGUCAUAUUUCGCCUUUAAACUGGCACGGAAAGAAUGCCCAGUACAGAAUAUCGACAAUUCACCCAUUCCAGCAAAACUCCCAGAGCCAAUCAGAGCCAGCGAAGCCGUGGCCAAGAAGAGUCAAAACAAAGCCAGGCUCACUGAUCCAAUCCCCACUCUUGAAACGUCCAUAGCGCCACGGCAACGUCCCAAGGCUGGCCAAGCUCAACCAAUCGCAGGCAUCCUGCCCAUCCAACCAGCACUCACCCCUCGCAAAAGAGCCAAUGCACCUGCAGGACCCAGCCAGCCAAUCAGUGUUAACAUGGCUUCCCAGCCUGUUUCUCUUGCCCAAUCACAGGUUCCUGUCGCUCAGCAACAAGCCACUCCGAUUCCAUUACAGGCCACGCCCUCUCCACCGCAGACCACACCCCAGCACACACUGUUUGUACAGCAGCAAAAUACAGCCUUCUUUACUGCUCAACAACAGCAGCAUCACUCAGCGCAGACGAGCGCCAUUCCUGCACAAACGGUUGCAUCAUCGUCCACCCCUGUUUCUACACACGCUAAACCUAAGAAUAGGGCUCCCCCUCCACCCAUACACCACCCGCAAACCAACCUCUUGACAUUAUCAGCAACCGCACAGACAAAAAGCAAAGCAACGGCCUCAGCUCCGCCUGCAGAGUGUUCACAUAGUAAUAACGUAGAUGGUGAUAUCCCGGCCCAACCUAAAACCAAAGCUAUGGCACCUCCACCCCCUUCAGCACAUGCCUCCACCCCUCCCACCUCAGCACCAUCCGCUGACUCUGAAGUGGACCCAGUGCAGAGGUCCAUCGCUGGAAGUCGUGGGAUGCAUAAAGUCGGAUCUUUGACUCCACCCUCUUCUCCUAAGACCGCCCCAAAGGGAGGCCACAGACGAAUUCUGAGUGAUGUCACACACAGCACCAUAUUUGGAGUUCCUGUGAGCAAGUCCACUCAACUGCUUCAAGCUGCUGCUGCAGAGGCCAGCCUUAAUAAGUCCAAGUCAGCUAGCACCACUCCCUCUGGUUCUCCAUGUUCAUCACAGCAGAGUGUUUAUCAGUCAGGGGGGGCUUCAGGACCCUCUGCUGGAGCCUCAGCAUCCUGGAACCCUUUUGGUGAUGACAAUUUCUCCAAACUCACAGCAGAAGAGCUGCUAAACAAGGAUUUUGCCAAAUUGGAUGCUAAGAUGGCAGAGAGAUCCUGUCCUGAAAAUCUGAUUGCUGGGUUCCAGUCUGUGUCUUCCAAUAAAGGCUUUCUUCGGGGAGGAGAGAAGUUGAUUGAGGGUUUGAAGUCUCCAGAGCCCUCUUCCUCCCUGAUCCUCCCUGACCUUCCCUUGAAUGACCCCUUCAGCCCUGCAGACAGUAGUCAUGUUGGGACGAAUUCUCUGAUCCCUGGUCUGGAUCCUCUACAGACUGAUCCUGGGUCAGCUGCACUGCCAGAGUCCCUGGUUGGACAGGAUUAUCUUUUGGAUGGGCCGCUUCUCUCCCUCCCCUCCACUGGGGGUCUAAUACUGGCUUCAUCCCCCUCAUCUCUUCCUGCACCAUCUAUGGACCAGUUUACCACUACUGCUUUGAGCAGUGGACAGUCCCACCAGGCCUCUCCCCUCUCAAGCUUCCAGUGCUCUGAGACUGGGGACCAAAGCUCCGAUAACCAGUUUGAUCCAAUUCCAGUGCUUAUCUCCAAAAGCUCCAGCCAAGAAGCCAGAAGGAAGAGUGAUGGAUAUGGAAUGCUGUUAGAUGGAGAAGGUGUUGAGGACCCCAUUGAGGACCCCGUUGAGGACUGCUUUCAUUCCAGUGAUGAAGACGACGGAGAAAAAGAAGAGGGGCGGUCACAGGUGAGUGGCGAAGAAACUCCAAGUCUGGACUGCAGUGGUUUCAGACCAUUACUUCAAGACUCGGAUGACGACGAUGAGCAAAGCCCCGCAUCUUCGAGAAACCUCCAGAUGUCUUCCGAAUCCGAGGUAGCAGUCGAAAACCAGUCCUCUCUGGUUUCAGUCCACGCUCAGAACCACUCGCCACCACUGGUGUCACAAACCCAACAUCCAGGUGUGGAUCCAGGCGUCGAUGUCUUCUCCAAAGCUCCAUUUCGGAUCGGACAAGACGGUGACAGCGAUGGAGAUGUAUUCUCCAACGCGCCUUUUGCUCGUCCCCCGGUUCAGUCUCAACAGCCUGAUAUUUUCCUCCAGGCCCCCUUUGGUAGGAAGAAGGAAACUUCUGGAAAGGUCUACACCAAUCCAGUGGCCCAGCCGGGAUAUUUACACCCCCAUCCAGGUUCUUCCCUUGACGAGAGCAUCCUCGGCCAAGUGACGCCUCUGCCCUUUCGACCCCAGGCACUUUCCAAGUAUUCCAGACACUAUGAAGGACCCGUGAACACCGAGCCUGAACACAAACCGAUCGGCGAUCACAAUCUGACGUCUGAUGUGGCUUCUGGUGACCCGUUUGUCUCGGCACCCUUCCACCUUAAAGGCCGUCAUGAUAAACACUGAGAGAAUAGCGUCCGAAACCACACCAGUACUUUCGCCCCCUAAAAGAUUUGAGCUCAACACAUUAAAAUGCUGUAUACUGAGUGUAAUAUAUUGAAGAAUGAAGCACAUUUAUGGCCUUUGGCUGUCUAUCUCUGGGUAAACGUUUGAUUUGUGACAUCUUUUGCUACCUCAGAUCAUUCUCAUGCUGUCAAACUUCACUUCUGUCCUGUGUGUCUACCACGUCAACAGAAAACUGAACUGGUUUGUUGCUUAGCAAAAAUGUUGAAAAUGUUUG